UGAGGACUUUGAGGUAGACCUGAUCUACAGAGGUCCUUCUAGGUCGUACUGGUCAUCAAAAUAAAAGAAAUUUAAGACUUUGACUCCGGUACAUUAACUCCUUGUUCAGCAGAGAAUGCGUGCAGCGUUACAGAUAUUGCUCCUAAGAAUAACAGACACUCACUAGCAUCUUUGAUACUAGAAGAAAGGAGCAUACUUGAUUGUUGCCUACUGAUUUGUAAGGAAAGAAAAAUUGCAAAGAUUGUAUGGCGUUCUCCAAAGUACUGAUUAUUCUGUCUUGUGGCUUCAGCAACAAUGACAUCCAUGGACACGAAGCCAAUAUCCAGGAACUGAAAACAAACACUAUUUUACUGUUUUCCUCAUGACAUAUUGUCUUUAUUUCAUAAGAGAGCUAAUCUAUGAUUUAAAGUCACGUCCAAAGAAAUAUGAAUUUUUGUGGGCCAAAAUCUAGACUAAUUAAAUCCUUAGAAAUGGGUUUCGCUUAGGGUGUACCCAACAAAACAACAGGGUUUUGUGUACUGUCGCACAAAUCGCUUUCUCCAAAUUCCUUAGCAGUCUCAACAUGACUUUUUAGCCUUGUUUUGUGCUUAUUGGCUGAUUUGAUUGUCAAACCAGAGGCCCGAACCAAGAGGGAUUGUGACAGCGCCUACGGCUAUCGGGACAAAUGGAUGCAAUAGUAGCCCUUGAGUUCUACUGACUUUGGAUUUAAAGCAGUGGUCAGUACACAACGCAACGAUAUUAAUCAAAACACAGCCCAAAGACAACUCACUGAACAAAGCUGCAAUGCCUUCGCACAGAAUAAAGUUUCUGCUUAAAGCACUUGUGCUCCUGCUACUGUUUGUCUGUGGGAGUCAGUCAUUAUUGAUGAACACACAGAAAAACUUUGAAACCUGCCUAGCCACGGGCCUGGAUAUCCUGCGUGAAACAAGAAAUAUUCAACGAUUCAGAGCCACUUUUGAUCUUGAAACGCGCAAAGUCUACUACAAAGUAAAUUUUUGCAAGAAUUUUUCCAUGUGCUUUGCUUCUACAAUUGAUCAAAAAAAAGUAAACGAGGAUGUGGUGAACAAAAUUGAAUCGUGGGCAAAGAUCAUCCGAGUUAUACAGGGCAAAAGGAAUUUCACGCCAUAUAUCAAAGAUACCCAUUCAAAAGAAUUUGGUGGUCCAAGGGACUACUACAACUGCACCAAACAAUUCUAUAUUAUAACUCACAAACCAACUCAAGCAGAGAUACGGAAAGUAACCAAAAAUAUUCCAUCGAAAAACUGUCUAAGCAACCAGUUAUGUAGCCGAACUUGCUUGCACAAAACCGAGAAGCGAAACCGUUGUCACGAAGUGCGUAUUAUAUGCAACUUCAAAUGCUCUGCCAAAAAACGCAAAGGGCGAGAUGUUUUUGGAUUAGUCGCACCGAGGAGCAGAAUAAAAGCCAGGCAGACUCCGGAGGGAUUCUAUCUUACUUGAAUGCGCAACGCUCAAUGUGCCUUGGUCGACAAUGGGGCGAAACCUAAGAGGACGUUCGCAGUUCUAGCUCGACUUGAAUGCACUAGAGUUAAAGACAUCUUUUGCCUUGUUGGUCGCAAUAGUCUGUAUAGAUUUGAAUUAGCGAGAGACAGUGACAACCCAACGAUAAUAGGCUAGUAUUGAGAAUCAUGCAACUUUUAGAACUCAAUAUCAGUGUGAUGUAGAAUCAGUGUUGCAGAUAGCAUUUAGGCCGCCGAAAGGGGCGUGUUUGCUUAUAUUACAAUCUAGUUUUCUUUGACAGACCCCUCUUGCUCCCGACAUACAAUCGUUAUCUUCUUUUGAACAAUUUUUUAGGCUCUUCUUUUGCAAAUUAGGGAUGUAAAAGACAUUUAUGCGUGAGCACUUGAUACAAACUUUGGCAAAAAAUUUAUAUUAUGUUUUUAAAGUUGACACUUUUGUUGGAGACGUGAGUAGGUUAAAAAAGGGAAAAAAGACUGAAAAACUGUUCCUCCAUAUUCUGUUUUACUUUUCAAAUUGCAUUUAAGGGAAGAAUCUAGGUCUCUUCUGUAACCAAACCAGAAACAGCGUCGCAAUGUUCAAGAUUGUCUCAUCAUUGCUUGGUCUAGCUCACAUCUGUUCCAAGCAAAUUGAAUAAUCAACAACGUGAGUGAGUCAACAAAUUUCCCUUUCAAAAUCGUAACUGAAAAAAAUCAAGCCAUGACUGCCCCGAGCUUCCCCUAUUGCAAAUCAUAAGCCAUCGAACUAACCCUCCACCACCAUCCAAACCCCAUAUUAACCCAGCUAUUCUAUGCAAUAUACGAUGUAAUCGUCCAGUGAAUCUUAUUUGACGUAACAGCAUAGUCUAUGAGUACCUUCAGAUAUUAACCAGCUUUUAGGCCUAAAAUUUCGAAGGACAUAAAACAGGACAACGUCAUAAUAUUCCGUAUUCCAAGGGAUCUUUUUUAACGAGAGAAUAAACAUGCUAGUCAACGCAUGCGCAUAACAAUAGAGAGCACUUGGUUUUCCCCUUUCCAAUAAUGACAGUUAAACGAAAAAUUACACGAAACUGCCAACAAAUUCUAGCAUGAAGUUUUGUCCUACAUUACUUUUUAGUCAAAGGUAGAAAUUUGGUGAGUAAAAAUAUGACAGUGGUUGGUUACACCAUAGAAAUUAGAUGUCGGUUGUAGAUCAUUGUAGAGAACUUGUAAGUGAGGGUGCAAAAUUUUUUUCACCUUCUUCAUACAUUUUAAAAUGAGAAAAA